UUAAAAAUGGAUAAAGGAUAGAUAUUGAUAAAAAUUUUGUAGGUAACUAUAAGACUAAUCUUCAGUUGAAAUCAGAUAAGGAAUCAAAUUAAGUGAAAAUGAAAUUAAAUAAUAUCUGAUAUUUAAAGUACAUUGCUAACUAUUAAAUAAAUUACACCCUUAAACUUGAAGAUAUUUACUGUUGUAAUUAAAUGCAGGUGCUUCUUCUAUUGCUGACUCCUGUUCUAAGUUUUGUAAAUUUUAUUAAAAGUGUUGCGUUAUUUGCACUGAUAGUACUCAUCCAAUUAGGAAGAACCUAAAAUUCAUCACCAACAAGAAAGUAUAAUUUAUAUCUUAAAAAAGUCUUUAGGUGAUUUAAUAAAUUAGAUAAUCAUUUACAAAAUUGAAUAAUCAUUGAGU